GUUUCAUGCCGAUUCUCUCUCUCUCUCUGUCUGUCUCUCUCUAUCCUGGCUUAUGUCGAGCCCUUCGUGUACCAUUUAGUGAGACCAUCCAGUUAUUCACCAACACCAGAAGUCACUGCCUUGAGUACUCUGCGCUGUCUUGAUUUGAGACCUGCUGGAUGGUGUGAUUCACUGAGUGUCAGAUAGUGCGGAGAGUGUCGUGACUGCGUCAAGACCAAGUAUGGCGGUUGAAUUUGAUUCAGAAAUUGGUGAUGCCAGAUCGCGCAAGUCACCGAUCGAGAAUGACAGAAUGCAGUUUAGGGAAAACAUGCGUGACUUUAACAGCGCAAACCCUGUCACAGGAAAACGAAGAGACUUCAUCGACUCUAUGCUAACCUAUGUUAACAAAGACCUCUUGAUUUCUAAGAUUUUUUACUUCUUCUUUUUUGCUGCUUUUGGUUCACUUUUCCCGCUGAUGGCCGUGUACUUUAAACAAUUAGGGAUGAAUCCAACACAGGGAGGGGUCCUAAUAGGAUUUCGACCUUUCGUCGAGUUUUGCAGUGCACCGUUUUGGGGAGGUGUGGCAGACAAAUGGAAGAAAGGAAAACAGCUGCUUCUCUUUUCUUUGUUUUGUUGGGUGGUAUUUACGCUCUCCAUCGCCUUUGUUAAACCACCAGCCAGAUACUGUCUCCAUGAUAAUUCCACACAUAUUGUCUUGCAAGAUGUCCAAUCCCGCCGUCGACGAGACACAGGAAGUGCGUUUGAUUAUCUCCCUUCCACGUUCAGUCACCAACUUAACCCAUUUGCAGGCCUCUCUCAUCUUGAAAACGACAUAAAUAAUUUAAGCGUAUUUAAUGGCGACACCGAGGUGUUUGAUGAUUAUGAUCCUCUGAGAUACGGUUAUUCCGAUAUCAAAUAUAGACCAAAACGAAAAGCGGUUGGUCAGUCACCAUUACAUCUCCGACCAGAAGAAAUUGCAAAUAAAGACGAGCACGAAGUUCGUGGACUGGUCAGCCCACUGUUUACAACAAUUGUCUAUAAGGAAAAGGAAGUGCACUCGGCGUUUUUAGCCUUGCUAAUUUUAGUCAUCAUCGGGGAGUUCUUUAGUGCUCCGGCCAUUACCUUGGCGGAUACAGUGACCUUGACUUACUUAGGAGAUGACACGGAUAACUAUGGUCGUCAACGGAUGUUCGGUUCAAUGGGAUGGGGACUGGCUAUGUUCUUUGUCGGUCUGGCUCUAGAUCACUCGGAUUCUUUUCCUGAUCACCCCUGCGGGAUGCAAGAUCGGGGAGAAAAAAACUACAUCAUCUGUUUCGCAAUAUUUUCUGUGCUCAUGAGUUUGGCAUUUAUUACAGCAACUCAGUUCAACUUUGGUUAUGACGGUCAACCACGAGAGGUACAGCUGUCAAUGCUGAAGGAUGAGGUGAAAGACAAAAUCAUUUCCAAAAUAACAAGGAAAACGCGUGUUGAUCGGCAGAGGCUGGUCGACGAGAGUAGUGAUGAAGAGUUCCCACCGAAACAAACAAGUGACAACUACUCAGGGGAAGGCGCCCCUGUGCAUGGCUACAGCGAUCUGGACAGGCAAAGUAACAGAGCGGCGCUGGCCGCGACUGGUGCCAGACCGCUUCAUAUUUCCCUUAACAAACAAUCUGACAUGGUAAGCGAUGCCACAAAGAAAUCUAAUGACUUGGAUUGUGGCGACAUUCAGUUUGAGACCGUAUUCAUGGGAAAAUGGCUGGCCGUCGUCAAGAUGCUAGCCACACCUAAAUACAUUUCCGUGUUGUUUGUAGCUUGGUUUAUGGGUUUUGGCAUCGGAAUAAUAUUUACCUUCCUCUUCUGGCACCUCCAAGACCUGGGCGGCACUCCCACCCUCUUCGGAUUGGCCUCCGUUAUUAAUCACAUCUCGGAGCUCUUGGCAUUCUUCCUCACCUCAAAGUUCAUCUCGUCUUACGGCCACAUAAAAGUGCUUUACGCAGGUCUUCUGGGCAAUGUAUGUCGCUUUCUGUAUAUUUCCUGGUUAAAGAAUCCCUUCUGGGUUCUGCCGUUUGAGUUCGUGCAGGGUUUAACUCACGCUGCCGUGUGGGCCACCUGCUGCUCGUACGUGAUCCAGUCUGUACCUACUGGCCUGCGCUCCUCGGCCCAGGGAAUUCUUCAAGGUCUGCAUCAUGGCCUGGGUCGCGGCUGUGGCGCUGUCUUUGGUGGGAUUCUAGUUCAUUAUUACGGAAGUGACGUGACAUUCAGAGCAUACGGGGUAACAUGUAUAUUCGUUCUAAUCGGCUUUUUCGGCGUGAAUUACGUCAUCCACGGUCGGGAUCACCUGACCUCUUUCCGAAGUAACGAGCCCCACCAGAUUUUGGAAGAAGCUUCACACCUAGCUCCCCACGGCGUACCAGCCAAUCCGCUCUCCCGGAAUUUGUCCAACCAUAAGUUGUCUGAUGUCGACACCAGAGAAAAAGGUAUGUCUCAGAGCUACGGAUCCACAACACCUGACGCAUUCCUGGCCCCCAAAAAUGCCUCCAGCUCUGGCUUUGCUCAAGACGGCCCAGCUUUUGAUCAUGCUUUUAAUCCCAACAAUCCGUUUACCGGCCAGUAUCAGAACAAUGAGAGAGCCGUGAGGACGCCGCCCCAAGAUAUGAAAGCAAGUCUUCAGCAGUCAAGUCAAAGAAAGAAUCCCCUGUUCGAUUUCUCCCCAUAGGAAAAUGUCUAAUGGGUACAUCUAACACCAAUGUGUCACAUUUGCCCUUUGGCGUUUAAAAGGCAAAUCCUAUAGAGUCUGUUUGAUUGGAUUACUUUUAUUCUUUACGAUGUCAUCAGUAGAAUUGAUUUAUUGGUAGUGUGCCUGUUCUUCCUCGACAAAUGUUGGCGCAUGCACAUGAGAGAGCAAACAUCAUCACAGAACCAGAGAGCCCAAUCAUCAUAACAGAACCGGAGAGACCAACUGUAAUCAGCAUCUCAUAGCCCAAAAGCCCAACUGUAAUCAGCUUCACAGAACUGGCGAGCCCAAUCAUCAUCUCAGAGCCGGAGAGCCCAACUGUAAUCAGCACCUCAGAACCGGAGAGCCCAACUGUAAUCAGCAUCUCAGACCCCGAGAGCCUAUCUGCACUCAGCAUCUUAGAGCAGGAGAGCCCAACUGUAAUGAGCAUCUCAGACCCCGAGAGCCCAACUGUAAUCAACAUCUCAUAUCCCGAGAGCCACAAUGUAAUCAGCAUCAAAGAGCCGGAGAGCCCAACUGUAAUCAUCAUCUCAGAACCGGAGAGCUCAACUGUAAUUAGCAUCUCAGACCCCGAGAGCCAAUCUGCACUCAGCAUGUCAGAGCCGGAAAGCUCAACUGUAAUCAGUAUCUCAGGGCCGGAGAGCCCAACUGUAAUCAGCACCUCAGAGCCCGAGAGCCACACUGUAAUCAGCAUCACAGAACCGAAGAGCCCAACUGUAAACAGCUUCACAGAACCGAAGAUCCCAACUGUAAUCAGCAUCUCAGAGCCGGAGAGCCACACUGUAAUCAGCAUCUCAGAGCCGAGGGCCCAACUGCAAUCAGCAUCAAAGAAUCGAAGAGCCCAACUGUAAUCAGCUUCUCAGAGCCGGAGAGCCCAGCUGCAAUCAGCAUCUCAGAGCCUGAGGGCCCAACUGUAAUCAGCAUCACAGAACCGGAAAGCCCAACUGUAAUCAGCAUCACAUAGCCCGAGGGCCCAACUGUAAUCAGCAUCUCAGAACCGGAGAGCCCAACUGUAAUCAGCAACUCAGAACCUGAGACCCCAGCUGUAAUCAGCAUCUCAGAGCACGAGACCUCAACUGUAAUCAGCAUCUUAGAGCACGAGAGCCCAACUGUAAUCAACAUCUCAAAGUCCUAGAGCCCAACUGUAAUCACCAUCACAUAGCCCGAGGGCCCAACUGUAAUCAGCAUCACAGAAAUGGAGAGCCCAACUGUAAUCAGCAUCACAUAGCCCGAGGGCCACACUGUAAUCAGCAUCUCAGAACAGGAGAGCCCAACUGCAAUCAGCAUCUCAAAGCCAUAAAGCCAAACUGUAAUCAGUAGCACAGAACCGGAGAGCCUAACUGCAAUCAUCAUCACAGAAUCGAAGAGCCCAACUGUAAUCAGCAUCUCAGAAACGGAGAGCCCAACUGUAAUUAGCAGCUCAGAACCGGAGAACCCAACUGUAAUCAGCAUCUUAGAGCCUGAGGGCUCAACUGUAAUCAGCACCACAGAACGGGAGAGCCACACUCUAAUCAGUAGCACAGAACCGGAGAGCCUAACUGUAAUAAGCAUCUCAGAGCCGGAGAGCCCCACUGUAAUCAGCAUUUUAGAGCCCUAAGGCCCAAAUGUAAUCAACAUCUCAGAACCGGAGAGCCCAACUGUAAUCAGCAUUUUAGAGCCCUAAGGCCCAAAUGUAAUCAACAUCUCAGAACCGGAGAGCCCAACUGUAAUCAGCAGCACAGAACCGGAGAGUCCAACUGUAAUCAGCAUCACAGAACCGGAGAGCCCAACUGUAAUCAGAAUCACACCUUGAACCUUACUAGUGGUGGAUAAGACACUGUCUGUCAUCCACAUUCGUGAAGAAUUGCAGCUUAAUGACAAAUAUGCGACUCCGCCUCCAUACUCCGAAUGAGCGUCUCACAAUGGUUACGAGCGUUGGAGGGGGCACAACUAAGGAAAACUUUCGUGUUGUCAAUAAUAACGUGGAGAAUUCGAGAACAUAAUCACCAGCCUCUAUCGGACUAUGCAUAAACAGCCCGCGGUCGUGGAAAUUAGUAUGGCAGUAUUGUUUGACACAGUUAAGAAAUAUUGUAAGCAAUCUUACAAGGCGUGAAAUUCUAUAUACAUGUACAAAGAGUUAGAACAGAAUGGAUUAAGCUCUGUUUGUUUAGGGUAUUUGGACUUCUUCAGCAGAAUGUGAUGUACAAUGAAUUAGCUAAAAAUGUACAGGAAUGUGAACGUAUUCAGAGCAAUGGAGAAUGGUGUGUCGUAUAUGAUAUGUCAAAGAUGUUUUCCUUAAAUAAAACCUUAAAUAAAAUGAAGAAAUCAAAUCCAGUUUGGAUUUAGAAAUGUCGAAAACAGCGGAAGUUCACGACGCUCUAGUUUCCUGGUUUUACUUUAUAGUUAAUACACAGAGAUGUACUCACCUACAAUAAGAACAUUUGGUGACAGAAUGCAUUGCCAUUACCAUCGAUUUGUUCUUCAGGAAUUACAUCCAGAUAUAUGAUUCGCCUACAUUUUUCCUAAUAUCCUGUAUUCUUCAUGGCUGCCCAAUGACAAAAUUAAAUGUCUGGUUUCCCGAAGACAAACAAACAAAUCAAUAUGUAACCAGAGAUCAUACAAUAUCGG